AUGCCAUUCUUCUCUGUCUCAUUUCAUUGGUGGAGCAUGUCGGGGCAGUGGUUGUUCCUUGCUUUGGCAUCAGUGCUUUUGAUAAGGAAGCAUCUUCUGAUCAUUGCUGGUUCCUUUUCUUUAGUUUUGUUCAAAGUAGAAAUAGCUUUCUUGUGUUUUCUGAUUAUGAAACUAACAGACACUCGUGGUGAAAAUUCAAACAAUACAGACAAGUGUAAAGUAGGAAGUACUCAGCCCCAACCCCCAGAGACAGCACUGCUCACCCUUCCUUGUAUAUCCUUCGGGAGAGCCUCCCAUUUAAAUGUAGAAUGGUAUCAUCAUUUCCUCCUAUUUGAAGACAUUAUUUCUUCAGAAGUUCAGUACAAGUUCAACUGGCCUUAUCCCUCCAUGACCUGGAUGGACCUGGAUCACAAUUGUUAG